AUGUCUGCCUCUCACCUUAAGCGCAAACGCGACGAUUUCGAUGAUUCGGACGACGACGAGGUGUCGCUGGGCAGGCAGGUACUUCCUGUGGCGAAUCUACCGCAAGACUUUGCUGGUGAGCCAGAAGAUGGGCUACAAUACCUCUUCACAGUGAGACGCGAUGCUCGCCAGCGACCACAUAUAACACGAGUCCAUAACCCAUACGACAAACCCGAUCCAAUAAUACCGGGGUCAAGCUGUCCGCCAGCUGCUGCUCACCCUUCGCUGCCGUCGCUCAAGUGGCGACAACAAUACGCGUCCCAAUUUCGGAAUUUUUGCAAAAACGCUUCACAGUCAACGAUUCACGUUACUGCUGCACCUCCAGGUAAAUUGAUGCCCCAUCGGAAGGAGCGAGAUCACUGGUGGGCCUUUCUUGCCGGAAAGCCCGAAUCAGACUGGAAUCCACCCAAAAAGCCAAAGCAGAACAGAACGUACACUCAAACUACACGUGCCUUCGCUGAUGAUCCUGGGGUCGCGUAUGGGACUCCUUCGAGCUCAAAGCAGGACGAAGAUAUACCAGGGGGAGAAACGUGGAGAAUUAACGAAGAUGGAGAGGUCGAACUCGCACAGACCUUGGAAUACUCUGAAGAGCCAGCCGGUGGCGAUCCUACCCCGCCUCCCGUUGCUCCCAAAACGGAUGCAACACCAAAUGAAGGCUCGAAAGGUCGUGAACCAACUCCAAUUUUGUUGCGCCAUAUAGACGAACGAACGGCGCUGCAUUUACUGAUGUACUUUGCACAUUGGAUGAACCUUUAUUUGGAAGAGCCGGAAACAUCAACAAUGAUACCGACAGAAUCGCACGCGAGAUGGAUAUUCGCUUUGCUGUCCCGCGUCGAAGACCAUGUUUCAGCAGACGACAUGAGCCAUCUUCGUAGCCUCGCUCGCGCCUGCAUAUCCUUGAUCAAAGUACGACUAUCGACCAGCGGCACCUCCCCCUCGUCUUCGAAGGUAGACAUGAUGAGCACGACAAGUUGCUGGAUGACAAUCACGACGAUAGCAGAAUUAUGGGCACAGAGGGAUUUGUGGGUAGAUGCAGGGGAAAUGUUGCAAUCCGUAUCUACGGCUGAAGCCGGGGCCACAGAUUAG